AUGAAGCGUCCAAGUGGAGAAUUAUCAUCGGAUGUAGCUAUUCGAAGUCCAUUAAGAGAGCGUAAAAACAAGCCUCAAAACAACAUUUAUGCAAAAUUCGCUCAACCACAAACACCCCCAAGAACACCACCCAAGGCCGCAUCACCCAAGGCACAACCACCACCACCACCAGUGUUCUCACCGAAGAAAGCAGUUUCACCGCCUGUAUCUCCGAAAGCGCACCGACACCACCACGAUAAGGAAAAGAACAACCACCGCCACCACCGUCAAAAAGAAGAAGAAUAUCCAGAAUCUUCCAAAGACGACAGUAAUCGAGAUGACAAAAUAAAGAGUCCUACCAAAUCACCAGCCGUUGCUCAAUCCCCAUCAGGUUCGGACGCCGAGAAUCAGAAGGAUCCGGAGAAGACGUGGUCGCCGAUUGUGUGCUUUAUCCGUCUCUCCUACUACAUUGUAUUCCUCUCCUUCUUCAUCGUGCUCAUUUUUUGGCUUAUGGCAACUGCCACGUCACUUCAUUAUGUGGACAUCGAGUUUAUGGAGAAGAAAUUUAUGGAGAACUGA